UCACGUGACCAGCAGUCCAACCUCCCGCGCAGGGUUGCCACACAUGAGCUCUUUCUCCAGGAGUUCCAUGUCGGAGGGAACGUUACAGGUGGAGCCGGUUCUGGUUCUAGAAGAACAGGGAUUAGACUCACCUUGUCAGACCAGGAACCUUCUGGAGCACCGUGAGAUGGGCACCACGAAGAUGAUCUUUUCCAGUAGCAGUGCAGUAUGGCCUCUCCUCCUCCUUCCACAAAAGACACUUGUAGCUCAUUAACGCUGCGCCCACAUAGAUAGUUCCUCAUCACACGGGAUACCUAGUUGCGCCCCCCCCCCCCCCGGCCUGGUUAAACGCACCUAUUAGAUGCCUCAGCACCUGUACUGGGACCUAGAACCAUGUUCUGCCUCUGAUCAGCUGCUUUGGUGACAGAGCUGAACCCUGGAGCUCAACAGGAAGAGCGAGCCAUGUCGUCUCUCUGGGCACUGAGCAUUGUCUCUGGAUUGAUGCUUCGUGUUUCAUACGGUGCACUUUACACUCACUAUUGUGUUCCACGAACGACCGUACCCUACCAGAUGGAGACAAAGUUGUUCAAAGAAGAGGGGAUCUUCAAUUACUCCACCAUGCUGAUGAGAGAGGACCUGGGUGUGCUGCUGCUGGGUGCCCGAGAGGCCGUCUACGCCCUGGACAUCGACGACGUCUCUGUGAGGAAGGCAGUGGUGUAUUGGGGAGUCACUGAGGAUAAGCAGAAGCAGUGCACGUACAAAGGGAAACAUGCUGAGGUGGAAUGCCGUAACUACAUCCGAACUCUGCACAUAGUGAAUGACACCACGAUGUUUGUGUGCGGAACAAACGCGUUCAGCCCCAUCUGUGAUUAUAUGACGUUUGUUAAUGGGCAGCUGAGACUGGAUGGAAAGCAGGAGGAGGGGAAGGGGAAGUGUCCUUUUGAUCCUUUCCAGAGAUACUCCUCCCUCAUGAUCGGAAGUGACCUAUACUCUGCUACAUCCAUCAACUUUUUGGGCUCUGAGCCGGUGGUUCUACGCAGCUCAGACUUGGCUCUCCGCACAGAGUUUAAAAGUUCCUGGCUCAAUGAGCCACACUUUGUGUACAUGGAUUUUGUGGGAGAGAGUUUUGAGAGUCCUGAUGGUGAUGAUGAUAAGGUGUACAUGUUCUUCAGUGAGAAUGCCAUGGAGUACGACUUCUACAGCAAAGUAGCAGUGUCUCGAGUGGCUCGAGUCUGCAAGGGGGAUAUGGGCGGCCAGAGGACGCUGCAGAGGAAAUGGACAACGUUCCUGAAAGCCCGCCUGGAUUGUUCCCUCCCUGAACCCAGUCUGCCCCCCAUUGUCCAGGAUGUCUUCCUGCUGGAGAACAAGGACUGGAGGAAGAGCGUCUUCUACGCCGUCUUCACACCGCAGUCGGGCUUGUCCCAGGUCUCGGCUGUGUGUGCGUUUCGAGUCUCAGACAUUCGGCACGUUUUCAACGAGGGAAAGUUCAAAACCCCGGUUGCCGUGGAGACGUCUCACGUCAAGUGGGUGAUGUUCACUGGAGAGUUGCCGGUCCCGAGACCAGGAGCAUGCAUCAAUAAGGUGGCGCGUCAAAUGGGGAUGAAUCGAUCUCUGGACCUUCCUGACAAAACCCUCCAGUUCAUCCGGGACCGGCCACUCAUGGAGGAGGCAGUCGGCCCGCUGACCGGAGGCCCGCUGCUAGUGACGAGCGGAGCUCUGCUGACCCGGGUGGUAGUGGACAGCGUGAUGGGGCUGGACGGGAGGAGGCAUGCAGUCAUGUUCAUCGGCACUGAGAACGGUUACAUUCAGAAGGCUGUGAACUAUGCAGGAGAGAUGUUCAUCAUUGAGGAGAUCCAGCUGUGUGAGAAGCCUGUCCCUAUUAGCACUCUGCGCCUCUCCACCAGCAAGGGCCAGCUGUAUGCAGGCUCAGAGUUGGGUGUGGUCCAGAUGCCGCUCAGUAACUGCAGCCGCUAUGUGUCCUGUGCGGACUGCAUCCUGUCCAGAGACCCCUACUGCGUCUGGGACUUCACCCUGAAGCUGUGCACCUCAGUACACACGAGCAGCGCCAUACAGAGUCUGGAGGAGGGGGACACGAUGCUGUGUCCUAAGCCCGAUCCAGUAGCAGCUGAGAACAUCCUACUAGUCACAGAGAACAACAUCCAGCUGCCCUGCCAGCCUCACUCCAACCUGGCUCAGGUCAUGUGGCGAUUCUAUGAGCAGACACUUCACUCCAGCAGCAAAUACCACAUCUACAGCGGUGGCCUUCUCCUCCUCAGCGCCUCUGAAUCCGACGCUGGGCUUUACUCGUGUGACUCGGUGGAGCUGAUCAGCGGGAGAGCCUACAACCGGACUGUGGCGGUUUACUGGUUACAUCUCGACUCCGGCUCAGAAGCAGCAGGCGGCACGACUCCUAUCUACGAGGUGACAAACUCUGUGCAGAGUCCCAAAACAGCAGGACCCGGGGGUUCGGACGUACAGGACCCGCCGUCCCCUGAGAACCAAAGCGACCCCGGAAAGGUGACCCGGCUGGAGGUGGCCGUGGCUUCGCUGUCGCUGCUCUGUCUCUCCCUGAUGGGCCUCUUGUUGUGGAUCUGGACUCAAGGACGUGCACAGGAGUGCUUCAAGUUAGCAAAGCGCUCCGGUGAAAGCGAGGCCAAGAGGCAGUCAGCCGAGUACAUGCACGUCCAGAACCGGACUUCAGAGGUAAAGCUCCAGGGGGCCAAGCCUGGAAGAGCCUGUAGGUCCAAUGACAAUCUUCGAGCUGUUGACUUUAAAGGGAUCGGGGAGCAGAACAUCUCAUGCCUCGAGGGUUUAGGAUUUAUAAAUGAUGAGUCAGAGAUCUGACAUCACCUUCCAACAGGUGUGCUCCUGGGGAUUAGAGGGCGAUGCAUCGAGAUUGUACCACUGUAAACUGGAAGUAUCUUAUCACUGGAGUACUACGAAGUACCACUUAAAGCAUCACACAGCAUUGGUGCAGCCCAAACCAGUGGAGUGAGACAGCAGACCACGCUGCAUGCGGCGUGUGGGACAAAUGUCGACAAAUCCACGCAAGAAGAGUGAAGCCUCCUUACAAAUGAGCACGUACGAGCCUCCCAACACGCACCAACUCACGACCACAUGCAGACUCACAGCAGUGUGAGGUGGACCAUCUGCACCAUGUGGAAGGUGGUUCUCUUUUGCUAGUCAUGUUGUUCAGAAGAAGAAAGGUUCUUCAUCAUCUGAAAAUGUAAAUAGCAGCUGGCUCGGUGCAGAGGAAGAAAAUGUAAAGUCGCAUCUAUUCAGAUAUGGAUGGAUUUUACUCAUAAUAACAUAAUAAUAAAUAAUCAGAUAAUACACCACUUCAUGGGGAUCUAUGUUCAUGCAGUCAUGUCGUUAAUCUGAGACGUUGAGGAGCUUUUUUAAUCUUUACUUGUAUAUGUGAUCAAAUGAAAAUGACGUGUGAAUGAAGUGUGGGCACCUCUGCUCAAACAUCCUUUUUCAAAAUAAAAUCUUGGCAGUUGGCCACAAAAGAAUAAUAAUCAAACUGUGAGGCUCCAAAGACCUUUUACCUCAUUUAGGCUGAAUGAUAAUACAAUUAAAUGAAGGCAGUUCAACGG